AUGUACGCCGACGAGGUUGAUAAGGAGCGAGACCGCUCGACGGGCUACAGAAAGAGGUAAGUCCACUCGGAUAUCGAUUUUCAGACAAAUUAAUGUAAUUUUUUAGCUUCGGAAGCCAUCGUUCCAGUGGAAUCGAGGGAAAAUGGAAGCGCGACAAGUUCCAGACGGCGAAUCGCUCGCCAAAGCCGAGUUUCGCCACCAAGAAGCGGCAAUUCGUGAGCAAGGCCGGAGCCGCGGCAGCCGUCGCCUCCAAGAACAUCACGACCGCCUCAAUCCGCAACCGCAACGCGCCGACGAUCGUUCGCGAAGUUCAAACCGGCCCGUCGACCCUGUUCAUCAGUAACCUCGCGUCGUCUGUCACUCAGGAGGAUCUCGAGGAGCUGUUUGCCGAGUACGAGCCGGAAGUAGUCCAAUUGCACUUCGACUCGAACGGAACCAGCCUCGGAACGGCCGAUCUCGUCGUCCCGCAGCCGCAAGUGGCCGCCAUCCAGAAGGCGCUCGAGGGAGUGCUCCUGGACGGACAGCAGAUCGAGGUGCUCGAGACGAACCCGGCCAAACAGGUGUCCGUCUUCGAUCGCAUCAAAAAGGUAAGAAUUUUAGGUCCCUGAAAGUCAUUGAAAAGAAAAAGAGAAGCCGGAAGGGAAGUGAAAGACAGGAAUGGAUACGUGAGCGGGAGAAAUUAUCCGCCAGUGAUCUCUUAUCAAUCGUUGUCCCUAAUGAUCCUUUAGCUAUCCAUUUUCAUAGUUGAAAGGAAAAUUGCAGGUCGGCCGCCAAAACGACUUCAAACCGAAGAUGCGCGUCGUCGUGCAGCAGCACAAAUCGGCUCGCUUCGUCAAAAGAGAAUACUGA